AUGUCCAACCACAGUGCUGUUCCAAUUCAGUUCAAUGAAUUGAUGGAUAUCCUUAAGGAUGAUAUCGAAAUAUCUGAUGCAUUAUAUCAGUUAAAAGCUAACAGUGAUGAAGAAUUAAAUUCAAUUUACAAAGGUAUCAAAACAAAGUUACUCCAAUCAAAGAAAUGCCUUCCACAAUCCAUCAUAAAAAGUAUAUCAAUAAUUUCAACAUAUAACAACCGCUCCAUGAAGUCAUACUUGAAAUUAGCCAAACAAAUAUAUGAUGAUUAUCAUCCAGCAAGCAUCAUUGGCAUUCAAAUCAUAUUUGACUAUCUAUUUUUCAAAGAAUAG